AUGCGAGACUAUCUCGCUACAAUCAAGUCUAUCUGCGAUCAUUUGGCCAUGCUCGGUCAACGUGUUGCUGACACUGAUCAUGUUUCUUAUAUUCUCAAUGGACUUUCGGCUGAAUAUGAGUCGGUAAUAGCAGUAAUUAACGGUGCUCAUGGGAAGUUCACAUUAACAGAAGUGCAUACCAUGCUUAUAGAUGCAAAAACUCGACAGAAAACAUUUCUUCUGAAUGCCUCAUCCCAAGCAAAUACAAAUGACACUGUGUUUCAUGCGGCUUAUGCACCACGCACUAUCGGAGGCAGGGGUAGUACUCCUCCACCUCAACCACCGCAACCUCCAUAUUCUCAACCGAGAGCUCUUGUUGGAAGAGGUCGUGGCCGCGUUUUUUCUUUUCGGCCAUCAUGUCAGAUUUGCCACAAGAUUGGACACACAGCUGAUAAAUGCUACUUUCGGUAUGAUUUUAACUAUAGCAAUCAGACCAAUCCUGUCUAUACUAACUCAUCUGCUCCUCCUAGUGCUUAUCACACAGCUUACAACUAUGCUCCUGUUGUUGGUGAUUAUGGAGUCUCUAAUGUCCCUUCUGCAUGUGAAUUUGGCACUCACACUAGUAACCAAGGUGAAAUCGACAAAAAUGUCAAUGUUGCCGCUAGUUCAUCCUCUCCAAUAGUGAACAAUAUUGCUGAAAUCGUGACUUCCCAAGGAUCAACAACUUCUCAGGUAGUUGAUCAUUCGUCUAAUGCUCAAGUUUAUCUUGCUACUCCAUCUGCAGUGAACAAUGAUGGUGCAUGGUACUUUGACUCGGGAGCCACUCAGCAUGUUGCAAACUCAACUGAUAAGUUGCAGCAAAUUAUACCUUUCAAUGGAACUGGAACAGUUGAAGUAGACUUUCUUGCCCACACACGUCUGAACAAAAUGGAUUGGUUGAGAGACGGCAUAGGCAAAUUGUUGAAACAGGACUGACCUUGCUGGCUCAGGCCUCC